AUGACCGGUGAAAGAAAAAGUACCGCCGACGACAAUGGCAGCUACGUGAAUGAAAAAUAUGUUAGUGAGUCCAAAAAGGGAGACUACAAACGUGCAAGGAUAAACAUUACGACAGAUGAACACUCUAGAGAAAGUGAUUACACAGAUGAUACUGAGCACACUGUUCCUACUUUGGACAAAUGGAAGAAACCUCGAAAGAAAUUUAUGGGGAAGUAUUUUUUUUCCGAGAUAGCUAAUAGUUUGUUGCAUCCUUGGACUGGGUGUCCCUCUACUGCACCUCAGUCGGGUGUAGUGAACCCUCGCCUUGACUGUUUGCAUUAUCGAAUAGCGGCGAAGAGAAAUGGGCGAGAAGACUGCAUCAAGCCGGAAAUCAUCGUCCG